CUUUUUUUUCUUCAAUUCGAGUCAAGUAGGUCAAGUAAGGGUCCUGAUUAGGCGAUCGCCUUAGCUGCUAUCAGCGAUACAAAGGCAAAUUGGGGCCGUUUAUUAACCCUUGUCCGGCCCCGUCCCUUCACUUUGCGAGGAUCAUUGAGUCAAAGGGCGUUUUGUUCGGUUCAAUUGGCGGCGAAGACAUUUCAAGACAUUUCCCUAUUUAGUUCCUGUUUCUACUGCUCCGUACGCUCUUGUACUACGCCAACAUACUUAGCUGGACUCAAUAAGCCUACAUACUAGGAUACACCAUGCUUCGCCAGCUCCUACCGCGAUGCGGUAGAGCUCUCCGAGCACCCGCCGCGCGCUCUUCUUCCUCCCAUGCGCUGCCAGCCCUCCAACAGACGGCAAGCCGAUGGUACAGCAUCAAGCCAGAGGCAGCCUCGACCUCGAAACCCUUAGACAUCGACCCCGCGAAGCUCACCAUCACCAAGACAAAGUCUCCCAAGACGCCCAAGGACCCGGCACAGCUCGUCUUCGGGCGGGAGUUCACAGAUCACAUGCUCACGAUCGAGUGGACCAAGACGGACGGCUGGCUCGCGCCCGCCAUCCAGCCGUACCAGAACCUGUCGCUCGACCCGGCGACCUGCGUCUUCCACUACGCCUUCGAGUGCUUCGAGGGCAUGAAGGCGUACCGCGACGCGCGCGGCGCCAUCCGCCUCUUCCGGCCCGAUAAGAACAUGGAGCGCUUCAACAGGUCCGCCGCGCGGAUCGCGCUGCCCACCUUCGAGCCGACCGCCCUCAUCGACCUGAUCGCCCGCUUCGCCAAGCUCGAGGAGCGCUUCAUCCCCAACGAGCGCGGCUACUCGCUGUACCUGCGGCCGACGCUGAUCGGCACGCAGAAGACGCUCGGCAUCAGCGCUCCCGGGUCCGCGCUGCUCUUCGUCAUCGCCUCGCCCGUGGGGCCCUACUACCCGACCGGCUUUAAGGCCGUGUCGCUCGAGGCGACGGACUACGCCGUGCGGGCCUGGCCCGGCGGCGUCGGCGACAAGAAGCUGGGCGCCAACUACGCGCCGUGCAUCGUGCCGCAGAUGGAGGCCGCGGGCCGCGGCUACCAGCAGAACCUGUGGCUGUUCGGGCCCGAGGAGUACGUGACCGAGGUCGGGACCAUGAACCUGUUCGUGGCCAUCCGGAACGCCGAGACGGGGCAGAAGGAGCUCAUCACGGCCCCGCUCGACGGCACCAUCCUCGAGGGCGUCACCCGCGACUCGAUCCUGAGUCUGGCCCGCGAGAAGCUGGCCCCCGAGGGCUGGCUCAUCUCCGAGCGCAAGAUCACCAUGAAGCAGCUGCACGAGGCCUCGCUCGACGGCCGGCUGAUGGAGGUCUUCGGCGCCGGCACCGCCGCCAUCGUGAGCCCCGUCCGCAAGAUCAGCUGGCGGGGCAACCUGGUCGACUGCGGCCUGAGCGAGACGGAAGAGUCCGGCGAGGUCGCGCUGAAGAUGAAGAAUUGGAUGGAGGCGAGGCAGUACGGAGAUGAGGAACACGAAUGGAGUCAUGUGUGCUAGAGCAAAGAAAAGGGGAAAUAAAAAAGAGAUAUGUAGAGGAGCAUUAUUGGCAAUUUGGGGACUGUCUUCAUGCAUGCAUAUAGACGGUGUCGAUCCGGCGCGAUGGCGUACUUACCUGGCCUAUGAAAAUAUCCAAUUAAAUAAAGACUUAAUUCGAGCACGAUGACAUGACAUAGUUCUUUGAAGGGGUUCCGAGUCAAUAAGUGCCUAACGCCUAAGCAGGCGAGGAGUGAAUCAUGUCGUGUAGUAAAAGAUCAAUUGCAGUUUGUUGCAUGUACUAUGCCGCCUCGUUAACUUAGAGG